AUGAUCCGUUGCCAGAAGAACCAAGAGAAAUCGCUUGAAUUAGAGAGAGAAGAUUGUGAUGAAGAUAGUAAUAUCAGAGAUGACGAGUUUCAUGAUAGUAUCGACCAAAGUCAAGAACAGAGGGUGAAGCGGUUGAAGAAGACGGCUUCGACGAACGUUAAGGCUGUUGCGACAGAAAGUGCACCCGUGAGGAUCCAAAUUUAUGUUCUGGGCAAUAGAAUAUCCUGUGUACUAUCAUGGGUGUCUGGAAGAUCCGCGGCAGUAACUGGUCGCAGAGGGGCAUUCUGCCCCGCCCCGGCACCUAAUGGCAUUGCACGGGCGAAACCUCCGAAGUUUGCUACCGUAUAUAAAGCCAGAGAUGUGAAGACUGAUAAAAUCGUGGCUGUCAAAAAAAUUAAAAUUGGUUCUAGGCUUGAAGCUCAGGAUGGUAUUAACCGGACUGCUCUUAGGGAGAUAAAGUUAUUACAGGAGUUACAGCAUAUAAACCUCAUUGGGUUAUUAGAUGUAUUUGGACAAAAGUCAAAUGUUUCACUCGUGUUUGACUUCAUGGACACUGACUUAGAGAUGAUUGUUAAGGACAACAAUAUUGUACUUACUCCUGCAAAUGUCAAAGCUUAUAUGAUUAUGACUCUGAAAGGUUUGGAAUAUCUACACCAAAAUUGGAUACUACACAGAGAUCUGAAACCUAACAAUUUACUUAUAAACCGGGAAGGUAUUCUAAAGAUUGGGGAUUUUGGUCUUGCAAAAGCAUUCGGCUCACCAACUAGAAUAAACACUCAUCAAGUAGUGACAAGAUGGUACAGAUCUCCUGAGCUGCUGUUCGGUGCACGGCAAUACGGAACUGGAGUGGAUAUGUGGGCGAUUGGAUGCAUUUUAGCAGAGUUGCUGCUCAGGGUACCAUUCCUGCCUGGGGAGUCGGAUCUGGACCAGCUCUCUCGUAUUUUUCAGGUGUUUGGCACGCCUACUGAAGAGACUUGGCCAGGCAUGAAAAGUCUUACGGACUAUGUGCAAUUCAAGCAGUUUCCGCCACAACAAUUGCGUCAUAUAUUCAGCGCGGCCUCCGAUGAUCUGUUGCAACUACUGGAGAGUCUUCUCGCGCUUUAUCCGCCAAAUAGAUGUGACUGCACUCAAGCAUUGCAGAUGUCGUACUUCAGUAGCAAGCCCGCCCCGACGGUGGGCAACAAGCUGCCCAUGCCGUCGAACAUAUCGAAAAUGGAGACCGAGAAACCUUCGUUGAAGAGGAAGCUGCUAGACAACAUUGACGGUGGCUCCCUCGCAAAGAGACUGCAGUUU